AUGUUGACUUGCACUCCUGCGCCUGGGGCCGUCGGCGGCGCUGAUUACGGCAGCGGUGGCAGCGCGCGCGGUCGAGCAGCGCUGCUGCAGGAUAUCGCACAGCAGCACGCAUCCUUGGUGGUUUCGGCGCUGGUUGAGUUGGUGAUGUGGUGCCCCGAUGCGGCCCUUAGUGAGAGUUUACGGGGUCUCUGCGCCGUUGUAUGUGACGCAACGGCGCUCAGCGGCGGCGGGCGCGACAACGCGGGGCCCGCCGGCGGCACAAACUUCCUGGCUGAGAUGUUCGUACACAGCCGUCGCCGCCCCUUCAUCCCCCGCGUCCCUCCCCCACAAACACGUUUUAACUUUCGGUAUGUCACCUCCUACGCCGAAGCCCCGCCGCUCCCGCUCCGCUGGAUGUGUUCGUGCACGUCGGCACAGCACUGCGUCCCUGCCGUGAACCCUGCGGGCCCCAACACCGUAACCCUGCUACAGCUCCUGGCGGACCUGGCGGCGCCCGCGCUGACCCGACGUGGCGGUAGCGAGGGUUGUAGCAGCGCAACAGCUGUCCUAGUGCGCGACCUGGCCACGUCACCGGUGCUGCUGAGGGGCUUGGUCGAGCCGCUGGAGGGCGUCAGUCGAGGCGGUGGCGGCGGCGGCGGCGGCGCCGCGGACGUCUCGUCGGCUGCCCACUGGACGGGAUAUGGGACGGGUGCGGCGGAGCCGCUCGCACUCAGGCUGCUGCUGGCGGCGGUGCAGCACCCGUCAGAGGAGGCGGCAGGGCUGGUGGCCGCGGCGGGGCAGCCGCUCUUCGAGCGCUGUGUCGCAUUCCUCGGCCGCACGGGCACCUCUACUACCGCUGGGCCCAGCAGCGCCACCACAGCGGCGGGCUGGGGCCCGGGGCAGCUGCCGCUGCAGCAUCACUUCGAGGGGCGGUCGCUGUGCCUCGAACUGCUGACUGCGCUGGCGGAACGGGGUUGCCUGCUGGAACAGACCCACGGGUCAUUGGGUGUCAACCUGGCGGCGAGCAGCCAGCUGGCGGCGCAGCUCGUGACGGGCCUGAAGCCCUGCCUUCUGGACUCCUCGCGGCCCGCACUGCAGGCCGCGGCGUGCCGGCUGCUGGGCGUCGUGGCGGGCCGUUCGCAUCCCCGCCUGGUCCAGCAGCUCAUCGAGGCGGACCUGGCGGAGUACCUCUUUGAGGUGCUCCGUACGGCGGCGACGGCUAUGGGUGGCGGCGGCGGUGGCGGCGCGCUUCGCCCGCCGCUGCCGCCGGGUAGACCGCAGGGCGCUGUCACUGGGGCUGUGGAGGCCGCCCAUGACCUGUGUCGGGUGGCUGUGGUGGCGCUGAGCUAUCUGGCAUUGGAAGGGCCCCACCUCCAAAGCCGGCUUCCCUUCGGUGUUGAGGUGCUCACGGAGCUUUGCGCUGCAGCCGCCGUCAGCUUUGACCACGGGCUGGCGGCCGACCUGACGGCGCUCCUGCGGCUGGCGAUCUCACCGUUGCCGUACGACCACCACACCGUGGGUCCUGAGGACGCUGCAGCGGCGGGAGGGAGCAGACCUCCGGCCCGGUUGCCCCUGAUCGACGUCAAGCGAAUAACUACCGCCGUGGAGCCCUUGUUUCCCCGCCCCUCCGCCGUGGACUACACGUCACGCGGCGGGGGCGGAUUCCCUGCAGUUGCCGCCGGCUCGGAUGAUCCAGUGGAGUUGUCCGACGCGCAUGCCGCCUGCUGCCGCUGCGCCUGCGAGGUGCUGUCCGGUGUGUGUGGCUGGCCCGGCCUGGCGCAACACGCGGGGGCGCUGCAGCCGCCGCUGCUGGCGGCCGUACGGUCGGCGCUGCGUGGGCUGUCAGUGACUGCGGCUGCUAGCCUUGGCUUUGAUUCCGGGGGCUACCUGCGGUCUGCGUGUCAUCUGGCGGUGGCCGCGGCGGCCGCAUUGCCGCCCUUGGCGCCGCCAAGUGCGGAUGUGGCCGCGGCGGCGGCUGGCGACCUCGGGGAGGCCGAAGGAGGGGCGGCGCCGCUGCUGGGUCCUCGACGGCUGACGGCGGAGUUUUUGCGAAUGUGGGAAGAGUGGCUGCUGGCCGCAGUUGACAGGUGGCACCGCGAGACGCGGGAGCUGGGAGCAGAACCACGACACCAGCUGCCGGUUAUUGCCGUUGCAUGCCACGCCGCCACAGUGCCCCUGCUCUCCGCCCUAAGCACCAGCUCCCAAACUGGCACAGCUGCAGCCACAGCUGGGGACCAUCCGCAGCCGCAGAUGGUUGACGAUCCCGCCGUCGGCGCCGCAACGGCGCUGGCGGCGCGCCUUCUGGCCGGUGGAUGGGUGCAGUUCAGCUUUGAGGUCCUGGCGGCAGCAGCGGCUGUGGUGCCGGAGGAUGCACACGCUUGUGCGACCUCUGUGACACCUGGGUUGCUGCCCGGAGGUGUGAAGCUGGAGUGCAGUGGUGGUACUGACGGCGGCGGAGGAGGAAGAAACGGGCAGGAGGCUAGGGACGGCGGUGUGGCGGCGGAGGCGCGGCUGCAAGUUUGGCGGCUGCUGAUGCUCGUGUCGGCCGUAUGUGCUAUCAGCGGCGGCGCGGACGGGAGUGGCGGCAUGGGGCCGGCAGACGACGUGGUGGAGCCAGCGGCCGGGGUGUACGACAGCAUGGCCGCGUUAAUGAGCGGAUUUGAAAGCGUGGCGCAUGUGCUGGAGUUCCUAGCCACAGGUGGGGUCCAGCAGGUGGCAGCUGCCGCCGCAGCUGGCCCGUGUCAGGCCCGCACAGCAGGCGCCGCCGUCGACGGCUUCCUACGCCUGCUGCGCUGCGCGCUGGCGGCCGGAGACCUGGGCUGGGCAGUGGCCGGCCGGUCCGGACUGGAGUGGCUGCUGGGGGCGCUGGCACGUGUGUUGGUGGAGCCCUUCGUACAGCAGUAUUGGCCGCGAGCCUGGUGGCAGUGCCUGCACUUGUAUCGUGAGGUAGAGGCCCGUGUAGCGGCGGCACAAGGACCGCUGGCACUGCCGCCGCAGAUGAUACCCUCCCUGGAACAAAUGUUCACGAUGACGAUGUGGCCGGCGGAGGAGGCAUCGCAGCGGAUGACAGCGGACUCCAAGCCGCCGCAGGCGACUGCGUUCCCUGGAGCGUGCGGGGUGGCGGCGCCGCUAUUGCGUGUGAGCUUGCCAGUGUCAGUGUGGGUGAUGCAGCACGGCGAUGAGCUCCCCAGCAUCAUCGCCGCAGCGCUGCCCAUCUGGCUGGGUCUGCAGAGCGGCUCCAAGGCUGGGGCAGUGGAGGAGGAGAUGCGAUACAUCCAUUCCGACGCAGCUGCGGAACGGAAUGCACCAGGCCGGGCUGCCGACCAAGACCUUGAGGCGACGGAGGAUUCCGCCCAGGACGUCCUUGAUGCUGCGGCGGGCGUUGCGGCGAGCUACGGCGCCGUCACCGUCGCCACGAAGUUGCUGCAGCGCUGCGUGGAAGCCGGCGUCGGCGUCACUAGCUGGGCGCGAGGCGGCGGCGGCGGAAGCGGCGACGGAGGCAAGGGAAAUGGCAGACCCAGCGACAGCCUGCUCGGCGUCCCCGACGCCCUGUCUGCCGCUCGGCUGCAGAUCCGCCUGCUGCAGCUGCUGUCGACCUGUCUUGGUGUAAGGCCGCAGCUAGCGGCCACGAUGCUGGAUGCUGGGCUUCUUGCCAGCACACGGAGGAUGUUGCUUGAUUUGGCAACUGCUGCGGGCCAGGGUGAACCAUGCGCAAUCCUCAGCGUGACGUGGGUGUUGUUGUUGCUGGCGCAACUGCUGCUGGCAGUGACUGUGGUAGUGGCUGAGGACACCGGUUCCGAGGGAGGCGCCGCAGUGGGCGCUGGGUCGUUGUCAGUGGGGGUGCUGUCGGAAAUUUGCCAACAGCUGGCCAGGGCGGCAGUCAAGGUGCUGGUGCAGCCGCAGCAACAGCCGCUACAGCAACAGCCGCUACAGCAAUUUCCCGAGGGCUGGCAGAGCGGCAGCAUCCCACCAAUUGUUAACCGCAGCAGCGCCGCAAUUGAAAGGGAAGGCGCUGCGUCCGCUAGGCUGCGGGCAGCGUGCUUCGAUGCGAGUGCUUUGGGCAUCACGCUGGACCUAGCAUUAGGCGGCCAUGUGCCCGCGGCGGCCAUGUUAGCGGAGAGUGAGGCGGCCCAGCGCACGGCGAGGAUGGCGGUAACAGAGGCCGCUGGGGGCGGCAGCUCGGCUGAUGAGAUCCUCUGCGCUCCCGCGCUGCUCUAUUUGGCCGUGUCCGCCUUGCACCAGUGCACCGGCACCAGCGGCGGGGGGCCCGCUGGUGGCCCCAGCGCCCUAGGCAACGCCGACCCGGCCGGCCCCAGGAAGGCUUCUGGGUGCACCACAGGCGGGAACAGCAGCAGCUUCGCCGGCCCUGUCAGCCAACCGCACUUCCCACCGCCAGCACCGGCACUGCUCCUCCUUGAGGAGCUACUGCUGCUGGCGACCACUACCAUGGCACCCGCGCUUCGAGUCCUCGCCCUACACUGCAUCUGGCUGCGGCUGGUCCUGAUGCCUGGUGGGGAACUUGAGGCACUGAUUUUAGGCGCAGGCGGCGCAGGUAGUCAAGCCGCCUCGGAAUCUGCCGGGCCAACUGGACAGGGGGCGUGCUGGGGGGAGCUAGGGCCUGCCCAGCGUUUGGAGCUGUUGUCAUACACCCUCAGCAACUCAGCCUGUGACGAUUUGGCGUGUGUCAGGGCACCAGCUCUACUCGGUCUGAUCGUACUGGCAUCAUGGUCCAGAGAGCAUGCGGUGGCCGCGGACGGAGGCUGUGCCUCCAAGCCCCUACAGCGCAUCCUGCCCUGGGCAAGGACGCUGCUAAACCAGGCUGUUGGACGAGUUUGUGCCGCCCAAGGCGCAGUUGGCGGCAUGCGUGGUUUUGGCUUCAACGCUGCUGAUGAUGAUGGCCGCGGGCCGCCUCUACAUGCUGAGCUGCUGGCGGCACUGCACGGUCUGCCGGAUCUGGCGCUCCUCUGUGCGUUUUUGAAAGCCGCCGCGGGGGCUACUGCGGCGGAGCACCAAAGGCCGGGCCAGGCGUGUAAGGGGACUUCUGGAGGGGCCAGAAAUGGCAGCAGCGGAGGCAGUGGUAGUGCUGCGCUAGGCUGGGUAAUUGGCGACCUGCGCAACGCUGCGGCGGAUAAUCUGUUGGUCCAGGCGUUGCUGCAGCCGCCGCACGAGGCAGCACAGCCGCUGGCGAACUCCUGCAGCGUGGAGCUGGUGCGACAGGGCUUGAUGGAUCCGGCUACACUGGGUCGCGCGCGUAAUGCGGUGGCCGGUCGGGUGUGGCGAUCCCAGCAGCACCAGCAGCAGCAGCAGCAAGGGAGAGGCGGCAAUCCUGGGCAUGGACUAAAUGGACCGGUCAUGAUGCAGCACCUGCUGCGGCUUUCGUCUGAUGUCGAGCCUGCUGCAGCGGCAGUGACGUCGGCAGCUAUGUGCAGUCCAGCUUACCCACUGUGCUGCUCGGACACGUACCGAUCUUGGGUCGUGUUGGCACUCCUGUUCGCGAUGUUGAGUCAGGAGUGGAACCGCGGUUUCGGUUCUGGCUUUACGGAUAACAAGGAGCCAAGGGGACCUGGGAGGGAGCUUGGAAGAGGAAUGAGGUUGCAGGGCUCGGUUGGGGAUUGGCUGCUAAAGGAACCGUUUGGGGGAGCAGAUGAUGAGGCUCUGCUCCGCUGCAUUGACGACCGCCUGAGAAUUCUUUCCUCACGCGCGCAGUGA